AUGUACAGGGCCAUCCGCACCUUCACCACCUCCCCGGCUUGCAGGAAAGACCUCGUCCAGCAGGUCUUCAUCGACAAAAUCCGGGAGUUUGCCAAGAAGGGCGGAGAUCUCGUCAACACUGACCCUGCCGUGAAGAAGGCCCUGCAACAGGAGUUGGAUCGAGUCGGCACCAAGUACUCCUUCUCCAACGUUGCCGAUGUCGGAAAGUUGAACGUGACCUUGGAGACGCCAAAGGUCGACUCCUCCGUCCAAGCCGAACUCGAGGGCAAGACCGUCGCCGACCUGAUCGCCGAGGUGAAGGCCGAGGGCAGCGAUUCCUUGCCGCCCAGGCCGCCCGCCGUGCCGACGAGGCCAAAAAGGCCGCCGCUUCUGCCGGAAAAUAAGCACUGGUCUUUA